CAUCUUUUUCCUCUUCUUCUCUCAACAACAAAAAACGAGCUUCUUUCCAUAUCGUCGUUUUUCUCUCCCGAUCGCGAAGCCUACGACGAAACGAACAGCCCCUGGAAACGCCAAGAUCGAACUGUGCGUCGUGAGAGUGGAAUACCUGUCGUCAUUUUUAUAGCGACGAACCCGCCCUUGAGACAAAGGACACGCCCACAUUCGAACCCGCCGCCGCCAUUCCUCAGCGCUUGCGCACGGCAGAUCAAUUCUCACUCCUGUUUCUCUUCCCUUUUUCUCCCUUGUAUCACCAACCGUCAAGGGAUUAAAAUCGCAUCGUGUCCCUCUUUGUGCCCCCUCCCGGGUUUAUCUCUGCAUCUCUUAUCGCUUUCGCCUCAGAAGCUCUUCUCGAUAUGACGUGGGAACUCAACCAGAGGCGGUUCAUCCGCUCCAUCAAUUCGAAGUACAUCUACGGUCGCAUCGUAAGUCGAAGCUCACUCACCCACACACGCACGCCCUGUUUUUUCCAACUCUAUGAUCCGUCGCCACUUUAGCUUCCCCAGUAUUUUCCCCAACUACUGUCCAGCUCUAUCGUCAUCGCUAUGUACAAGCUGUUUUUUUUCGCUUGUUCAUGAUAUCACUUUGCGCACUUCUCUACUUUUUUUCUUUUCUCCUUUCAUCACGUUUUUCUUUUAUUAUCUCGCUGCCCUUUCUUCUUUGUGCUGUUAGGCCUUAUUUGUGCGACUCGACGCUGACGACAUCAUCACCAGCCUCUUUUGCAUACCAUCGUCUUCUUGAUCGAAAUGGCGUUCAUCGCACGACUUACAGCUCGAUUCAACUCGUACUAUGACGAGCGACCACUCAUGACCAUGAUGGUCACCAACGCCAUCCUCGGAGGCGUCGCCGACACAGUCGCCCAAUCCAUCACUGCCAUUCGCGAACGAGCUAUCCGUCAGCCAGGCGGUCUUAAGAAGAACGACGGCAUCGCUAUUGAGAUCCACGAGCUCGACCGCAAGAACCCCUUCUACGAUCGCGACCUGAUCCCCGACUCGGUCGGCCUUCCUCCACCUUUCGACUUUGAACGUCUUACGCGCUUCAUGGCAUACGGUUUCUGCAUGGCUCCCGUGCAGUUCAAGUGGUUCCGCUUCCUCGAGCGAGUCUUCCCCGUCACCAAGACCAGCGCUUUCGUCCCCGCCAUGAAGCGCGUUGCCUUCGACCAGCUUAUCUUUGCACCAUUCGGUCUGGCUGUGUUCUACACGACCAUGACUAUUGCUGAGGGUGGUGGCCGUCGCGCUGUUUCUAACAAGCUUCGGGAUAUGUACAUUCCAACUCUCAAGGCCAACUAUGUUGUCUGGCCUGCUGUGCAGAUUGUCAACUUCCGUUUGAUGCCCGUUCAGUUCCAACUGCCAUUUGUAUCAACAAUUGGUAUUGCCUGGACAGCAUACCUGUCCUUGACAAACUCAGCCUCUGACUAAGCUCAUUAAAUCAUGCCUGGUGAACGUUUUCAAUUGGCCUCGAGCUGAUUGUAGAUCGAUUAUGAACAUGAAGUUGCGUCGACUGUUACUGCUUCAGCCGUCACAUAGAAACGGCGUUUUGAGGGUUUUUUACAUAUACUGCACGAUUUGGUAUGCUCUGGGACCUACAAUUGAGAGUUUGAGACUCUGGUCCUUUUGUGGCAAUUGCCUUGUACGGCAUUCUUUUUAUGGGUUGGGAUGGGAUACGGACCAUGGUUAGAAUAACAGCGUGAGUCUCGUUUGGAGUUUCGGUAGAUUUCUAAAUGACAAGACGAGGCGAUCUUUUUUGUCUUUACCAUUUUGGACCAUAGUCAAUGCUGUGUGCCGCGGAUCUGAAUGCGGUAAUCUGUCCUGUUAAAAACGGGUUGAUUGUAUAUAAAAAUGAAUAGGGUGUCCGGGUAAUGAUCAUGAUAUGACAUCGAGUAAUUCUUUUGCAUUGUAGGGCUGACGGGUCGGAAUUGAUCUCGGCCGUUAGGUGACAGCGUGUAGGUUGAAUGGAAAUUGCAAGGGAACCCAGCAAGGUGUGAAGGGUGGUAUGGUCCUGUCUUGAUAUAAUUCACCGAGAAGAUCCAGUGGCCUGAGAAAUUGUGGCAAUGCUUUUCAAGCUUUGAUAUCCAUAGACAUGACAGUAAUGAGAACGUGUCAUAUAUCGAAUUUCAC